UCCCACUUGCUCACCUUACAUACACACCCUACCUGUUCAGUAGGAAAAAUUUACCUUCAACAAGAAGUUUCUGGGGCUAUGGCAAAUUGUUUAACUUGUGGGAGUCUUUUUAUUGGCAUACGCUGCCCACAAGAGCCAUAAACCUAAUAGGAGGAAGUAACUUUCCCUGUCUUUUUGGCAGAGGAAUGCAAUCUUAGAGCCACCUCAAUGGAUUAUUAUGUGCCCUCCUCUCUUCUCCUCCCUGUUCAGGGCAUAUCAGAGAGGCAAGGCUGUGGGUUUAGUUAUUCUGCCAUAUAUUUGUGGCAAGGAAAGUGAAGCUCUCCAGGGACGCUUAGCGUGAAGCCAUGAAAUUAAUGAGCAGGAGCUUCCGCAGGGUGUCCAAGUGGCUUCUCAUAAUUUUUUUGUUCCUUAUUCUGUCUUUUGCUGCACACAUUGGCUUUACAGAAAAAUACCCAUACAGACAAUUUUUUUAUUUUUGUCACCUUACCGCUGAAGAGCCAGUGGAAGGCACCCAACAGGCCACCCCAGGAGCUGUGACUGCCAGCCAGGAGACAUCAGUGAUUUGGGAUAGGAUACUGGGGUCAGGAAACUCUAGACUGAAACAAGAUGCUGUUAAGAGAUUGGUAGCUCAUGAUGAAUCCUAUGCUCAAGAAAAACCUGAUACAUUAAGAGUAUCACCAAAAUCACCAAAGAAGCAAACCAGGAAUGAGAGGAUGAUAUCAGAAGCCAAUAAAAAAGCAACUGAAGAAAAAUUCAGCACUGUAUCAAAUAAGAUUAAGCCUAAAGACAGAAGUGUGACACCCCUAUCAAGUCAACGUCAUGCUGAUGCUUUGGAUUCAACAGCAAGAACUAAUAAAAAACAAGAUGGGAGGAUUGCCAUGCCAAUAAUCAAAACACGAGAAGAGAAACGUAUGACACCAGAAUCCCAAAGAGAAAGGCAACCUGAGGCUAAAUAUGUCACACCAACAUCUAAUACAAAGCAGUCUGAAGAAAAGGAAGUAGGACAAGCAUUCAGACAGCAUCUUGAAGGAAUAAAUGUCACACCAUCAUCCAAAACAGAACACGCUGAUAGAAAACAAUCUAGAAAAAGGGGUACAACUAAAGAACAUUCUUACAAAGUUGAGUCUGUUCCUACCAUUGUACAUCACAAUGCAUCUGCACCAUGGGCCCAACAUGUCACACAUCUAGUUCCUGUAACACCACCCAAAAACAGGUUUAAAGCAUCAGAUUUCACAUCUGAGCCUCACUGGGACUUUGAUGAUCAGUAUCUCCAGGAUGCUUCAACUCCACAUUCAAGCUGCCCAGAUUCUCUGCGAGUCAAAGCUGCCAAAUCUGAUCAGCUAAAAGGCCUAUUCCUGAGCAACAUCACUUUGUUCAUGGACAGGACUCACUUCCGUGAUAGCGAAUGGGAGCGCCUGGAACAUUUCCUUCCACCUUUUGGCUUCAUGGAUCUAAAUUACUCGUUGGUGAAGGAAGUCAUAAACAUGCUUCCUCCUAAGCCCUACCACCAAAUUCUCUUGGCACAGAAGAACAACCAGCCUUCCAGAUGUGUCACCUGUGCAGUAGUGGGAAAUGGGGGAAUCCUGAACAACUCAAGGAUGGGGCAGGAGAUUGACUCCCAUGAUUAUGUGUUCCGAGUGAGCGGGGCCGUGACCAAAGGCUAUGAGAAAGAUGUGGGGGCAAGGACGUCGUUCUACGGAUUCACAGCCUACUCCUUAGUGGCUUCUCUUGGAAUAUUGAGGAAUCGUGGAUUCAGGAAAAUCCCUAUGGGAGAGGAGAUCAAGUACUUUCAUUUCCUGGAAGGUGAAAGAGACUACGAAUGGCUGAAAGCUCUUCUGCUGAACACGGAAGUCAGGAAGGGAUUUUUGGAUUAUUAUGGGCCACGGCCUCGGGACAACUUUGAUAAUUUCAGCCUGGAUAAAUACUUUGUGAUUCAUCCAGACUUUAUCAGAUACAUGAAAAACAGGUUUUUAAGGUCCAAAAGUCUAGACAGCCACUACUGGCGAAUUUAUAGACCCACAACAGGUGCCUUCCUUUUGCUCACUGCACUACACCUUUGUGACCAGGUGAGUGCAUAUGGGUACAUCACUGAAGGCUACCAAAAAUAUUCAGAUCAUUACUAUGAUAAGGAAUGGAAGCGCCUGAUCUUCUACGUUAAUCAUGACUUUGGCCUGGAAAAGAGGAUGUGGAAAAAACUUCACGAUGAACAAAUCAUGAAGCUUUAUCAACGGCUCUGACAGAAGGAAAGCCUUAAACUCUGAUGGUGAACUUUUUUCACCAAGAAACAGGAACUUUAGACACAGGGAUGUUAUAUGGAUCCAAGCCAUACUCUUAUUUCUGCAGAGUAGCUCACUGAGAGUAAAAAAAUUUUGCAUAAUUAAUUCAUGCAAGACUAUGCACCCUGUUGCACACACAGAUGUCAAUUAAAGGACAAAACAAAAUUGCAGAAGGAUUUUUUCAAUUUCAGAACAGAAUUGGUAGAGCUGAGCCAGACCAUAGGAGCCUGCUCAAUGUUCCCUCUCCUAGUUGGCCAGCCAAUUCUUUCUCAAGGCUUGACCAAAGAUCAUUCCCAUUUUUGUUAGUUGGAUCUCACAAUGUGUGUGUUUCUAUGCAAAGCACACAUUCUGCCUAUUGGCUAUGUUCACCUCCCUUCCUCGUUUUGUGAGUGUGCAGUUUUAUUUCAUUUUGCAAGGAAUGUGUCAUUUUGUGUCAUCAUAGUAUGUUAUUAUUUCUCUUUGGUUUUGGUUUUGCUAAAUUAGGAUGAUUCCUAGCACAAUAAAUGUGUUCCCUCUUAACAGUGAUA